CGCGCAGAACGACAUGUGACGAGCUGUCAUCUCAGAAGAGACUCUUCCUCUCUUAACCUAAAGGACUUACAAAACCAGCGAGAAUGAAAGUUGUGGGACCUACAUGCGCUCUGAAGAGCAAGGUCGGCGGAGACGAGGUGGUCCGCUGCCUGUCGGAUCAGAGCCUGAGCAUCUCCAAGUGCAAGCUGCCGCUCCUGGAUGAGCACAUGAGCGUCUUCCUGCAGGACAUGAACAGCUGCUACAGCAAGCUCAAGGAGCUCGUGCCCACGCUGCCUCCCAACAAGAAGGCGAGCAAGGUGGAGAUCCUGCAGCAUGUCAUUGACUACAUCUGGGAUCUUCAGGUGGAGCUGAACGAGCCAGGAAAGAAGAGUUCCACUCCGCGCACUCCCCUCACCACCCUUAACGCAGAGCUCGCCAGCAUCUCUGUCGAGAAUGGCUGCUCUGAUGACAGAAUUGCGUGCCGUUAAGACAGAAGGCGCACCAGACAACUCCGGGUAUCCAUGGUCCGAGUUCCAGCAUCCCUGACCAAGAAAGACCAAGAGUGCUGUUUCACUCCUGACGCAUUGAACUGUGUGGUGUAUGCAGACUGUGGUCAAAUCCAUGAGGACAUUCCUCGGUCAAAUCAAAUAUGAAAUAUGGGAUGAUCAUAGAUUCAUCAUAUUUCACGUGGUGCAACUUCAGCACAGAUGGCUGUCUGCUGUGGAAUCCACGGCACCGUUAACAACACGCAGCCCACCAACUUCUUGUUGAUGUUGAUGAUGUUAUUACUGGUUUCUUUUGUAUUCUAUAGAGUUUCUCUCCAAUGCUUUUAUAUGGUCACACCUUUAGAAAGUUUUAUACUGUUUAUAAAGCGUUGAUUUCUCAGAUUGCUGAGCAAAAAAGAAUGUAUUGUAUAUUACAAUGAACGUCUUAUUGUGUUUUUUACAAUGUGUAUCUAUCUGAUGUUUUUUUUAUUAAAACAAGACAAAAACCUUA